UUCAGCAUGCCUCUGACAGCCAUCCAAAGAAGUCAAGAAAGCGUAGAUUAAGCUAUUUUAUUCAGAUAUGAUGACCAGAUAAGGAAGUGUGUGGCCUUGCGUGAGCGAGCGAGAGAGCAGCUAGCGCGUGCCCCCCGGGGUCGUCGCGGUUGCUUGGUUGCGCGGUGUUUAACUACUACAGCGGGUCACUUGAAACACAAAAACAAACACGUGUUUAUCUGAAGAGGGUCGCCGGCCUUUGUCAUGUAUAUUCUGUCAUGAAUAGACCAUCUGGAGCACCAGCUAUCUUACAGAGGAAUCGACUUAAUUGCCGUUAAUUUAAUGAAGACUUUCGUGCCUGGGCGCGAAAAUUUACGACAGGAGUCGCGUCGUCAUGGUAACCGCCCGAAGUUAAACAAUAAGCGCGUUUCCUGGCUCGCCUAGAAGUCGCGCUCUGUGUACAUACGAGUUUAUGAUACGAAAUGAAUAAGAAGGAUAAACAGUAAUGUGGGGAUGGGACGGUGUUUGUAAAAGAAAUGGACAUGGGAUUCAGGAAUGGCCGGAUGGGUGUAAAUAUGAGGGGGAUUUCGUGAAUAACCUGAAGCACGGCACUGGUGUCUUCACAUGGCCAAAUGGAGAGUUCUAUAAAGGUUCAUUUUUUAAGGAUCAUCGGCAUGGAAAAGGCAUGUAUUCUUGGCCCGAUGGGUCCAAAUACACAGGAAAGUUUUAUCUGAACCGAAAAGAGGGAUACGGAGUACAAGUCUUCCCUGACGGAUCAACUUUUGAGGGUCUGUAUCGCGCUGAUGAGCGCUUCGGCCCUGGGGUCCUGACGUACCCUGAUGGGCGGCAGGAUGUGGGCCUUUGGCAUAGAGAGAGGCUGCUGCGACUCUGCACCACACUGGAGGGCGGCUUCAGUCUCGAGGACUUCCCAGAACACAUGAGCAGGCGGCCUAAGAAACACCUGGAACCACCUCAGCUUCCUGUUGAUGUAGAGCCGAGCAGAGACGGCGCUCAGGGUCUGUCCGAGGACGAGGACCGGUUCAUUCUGCCUCCAAACAUUGAGAGUUAUUCUACAGAUUCAGACCAUCUGCCCGUCCCCAGAUGUCUACGCCGGGAACUGGACCUUCACUUUUAUGGUACGAGAGACAUCAGCACAGAGCAGACGUCACCAUCGACAGCCUUGCCUUUACAACAGCGUAUGGAUGCACACAUUCAGAGACACGGCAAAUUUGAGGAGGACACAUUAGACUGGGAUGUCGCUGCAGUGCUGAAUAUGAACAGGACUCAGUUCGGAUCCAAAGGUCCCUUGGAGCUGAACUCAGAGAAAAUGAUCAAGGAAGCGUCGCAUGGCGAAUGCAGGAAUGUUUAUCGAUUCCUCAGAGAUGGAAAAGUCCAUCCUGACGUGAGCGACGCACGUGGACAUACGGCUCUCAUAGAGGCCACGGUUAAUGGUCAUGAUAAUGUCAUCCACAUGCUGUUGGACAGCGGGGCCGAUGUUAAUAAGUUAAAUGAUGAAGGCAUGUCUGCUCUGGCUGUUUGUCAUGUCCUCUACUACCCGCUUCAGUCUUUACAUGAGACGCUGGCUGAGCGAGUGACACAGAAGAUCAGCCCAGAGCCACAGAUCAAGCCUCUGGAAGACGUCUCUCGUGAAUGCUCUCCAGAUCCAAUGACAGGAACUCCCAAAGAUGAAAGCGGCCAUGAGACAUUUAAGACACCAAGAGAAAGCGACCAAAUUGACCGUAGCCUCGAACCAGAGAACCUCAAUAGCUUGGAGAAACUUGAAGCUCGAGAGCAAAUAAAUGAGGAGAUAAAUGAAGAUGGGCCUGACCAAUCAGAAGGCCUCAACAGCUAUGAAGAACCUCAGUUUCAUCAAAUCGAUGAAAAUGCAGACCCAAACAAGAGGGAAGCUCUUCAACUUGAACUUGAAGAAGACACACAACAAGUUACGGUGUCAAGAUAUAUUCAAGUCUUUGAUGAUAAAAUCCCAGUGGGUUCUGUAACGUGGCGAGAGAAGGAAGCAAAGACAGUGCUUAACUCUGAGGAAGAGGCGGCAAAUGAUGAAAACAUGGAGAGGAGCAUCAGAUCAGAGGACCCUACUUUUGAUUCUGCGUGUUCUGUGGCUAGUUUUCACAUUCACGUCACAGAGGAGAUCCUGCAGAAGAGUGCUGAGGUUCUGUGCCAGACUGGAACAGUGUCUCCGACAGACACCCAGGAGACAGUCCGGAAAAUUGCACUCCUAAAGAAAGAACACAGGAAUCGAUGGACUACAAUUAAGCUUCUUUUGGAGAGAGGAGCAGACCCCAACGCCUCUACCGUCCCAAUGCCCAUCGUCUUCCUGGCUAUCAAAGCUGCCCAUGUCAAGGGCGUCCGUCGUCUACUGGAGUGUGGAGCUCGUACAGACAUACCUCUACCUCCAGAGCAAAAGGGUCUGUAUCCUCUUCACAUAGCAGCGGGGUUAGCCGGAGCAGAGGGUCCUGAAAUCACUGAGCUCCUCCUGCAUGCUCUGGCAGAUCCUGACGUCAAAGCUCAGGAUGCCCAUGAAGUCUAUCAGCUUGAUAAGGACAUGUUCGAGCCCUUUACAAAUCAGCAUCUCAUGGCCUCUGGACCCCUGGAUAAGUUCAGUGAAGCCCCUGUUGAACUUCCACAGGAAGUCGGGAGGACACCGCUACAUGUGGCUUGCCAAAGAGACAGCGAUUAUACAAAUGCUAGAGAUGUGGUGGCGCUUCUCCUUUCUCAUAACGCAAACCCCAACUAUGUGUGGAGUGGCCAUUCACCCCUAUCUCUGGCCAUCUUGAGCGGCAACGACCUUGCUGUGGAUGAACUGCUAGCUGGAGGGGCUGAUCCUAAUCUUCCUCUCACUCGUCAUGUGGGCAGCGCUCUCUGUGCCCUUGCCAACAUCAGAUACGACCGUGGGCCACAUCCACGCAACCAAGUCAAGCUGCUGGAGAAGUUGAUGAAAGCGGGCGCUGACGUCCUCAUGCCUGUCGCGGUGGGCGAGGGCCGCAGGUGCGCUGUGGGAACCGCCGUGGAUUAUGCGCACUGCGCAUUCCAACAGAACCAGCGCAUGGCCCACACCCCGUACCAUGCCCUCAACAAGCGUGAGAGACAAGCCUAUAACGCCCGCCGGCAGUUGCUAGGCCUCAUGGGAGAUCUGCUGAGACAGGCGAUGAUGAGAAUGGAGAAGGAACGGAGCCAAGAUGUGCUCGGUGUCAGUCCCACAGAGAAGCCUCUGUAUCCUGGAUCAGGAGCAACACCGGCUCCUGACGAGAACAGCAGGACUUCCUUUAAUAAAAGCAUCAGUCAGAGAGCGCAGAGGAAGCCUCGCUUCAGAUAUUGCUACGCGUGCGGCCGUUCGGUGGGUGUGCAGCUGUCCACCUGCAGCCGCUGUCGUGAGGUCUUUUACUGUAGCAAGACCUGCAAAACCAAAGCGUGGGACGAGCGUCAUAGAGACGAGUGUGUCCGUGCGCCAGUGGUCAGUGGAGAAGGCAGCAGGGAUAAAUGCGCAUCUGUUGGUCCAUAUUCACCCCUGUCCACCAGAGACGCUAAAGACAAGACCUUCCACCUCGGCGUGACCCCAGAAAUACAGGAAUAUGACCUGAAUGAAAAUUACAGCUUUAUUUAGACUUGUACAAAGGCCUGCCGAACGUAAGUUGUGCGAAAGGUUGUGGCUUUACAUUAACAUUUUUAAAACUAAUAGACACGAGCAAGUUCAAAGUCUGAAAACGUAUUUAAAAACACAGACAGCAUCCAUUUAGUUUGAACAACUGUGCAGUUUAUUACGUAAAACGGACCAAAUUUACAAAUUCAUACCUCAAAUAAAAUGCUAGUGCUGAAAUAUAACAAAAUCAAAUGUUUCAUAACACACAUCUCUGCUUCUCUCGAAUGAGCGUGCGCUCAGUCGGUCACUGUCAUAGGAAACACAUUACGCUUGUGUUUGAGCCCUUCUCAAUGUCCAUUCAUUGAGUCAUGCGAUCGAGUAAGAGUAUACAGUGUGCUUUUCAUUUAUACCGGACAACCGAAUACAAAAAAAACGAGCCUUCCUGUGACAGAGAUCGUACACUACAUCAUGUAUAUUCUCAACCGCGUUUACAUUCCACAAACUUUUUACAUUUCGCAUCUGACAAAACCCGGUCCUUGUGGAUUCAGCUCUAGUUGUGCAUCGAAAAAAAAAAAGGAACAAUAUCAGAAACAUGAAGAUCGUUUGACACCUUUAUAUGCGACAUUUAGGGACUAGAUGUUGGUAUUGUGCAAGAUAUUUUGUAGGGAUCUUUUUGUUUUUUUCAGAAAGUUCAGAAAUACCGUAACGCUGCGCUCUGUGUUUGAAAACAUCUCUGCCACAGGUUUAAUUAAUUACAUUGCUCUGAAAUCAGAAUCGUAAAAUUGUCGUUAAGCUUUCAUUAAAAGUGACAGUUUUUAUUUUAAAAGUACAUUCUGUAAAUGACUGCUUCCCAUUGGCUUUGGUUAUAAUGAAAUUCCAUUCAAGGCAAAUCAUAUCAUUCAAGGCUGACACAUGCUUCUAUUUAACUUGCUCCAGAAGUGACAUUACGAGCAAUAACAUAGCCAUGAGCUUCCAAAUGCAAGUUAAGGGUUCGCAUCGGGUGAUGUAAUAUUUUGUGCAUUCGUGUCCUUUGGACGUUUAUUAUUUUCCGUGUAUAUUUCAAGAAAAGAGAAUAAUCAUGUUCGGGUCAAUUCUUCACACCAACAUCAGAGAAACGUUUUUUUGCAUUAAAAUAAAGCUUAUUUUGGGGGGGCAGUAUAAAAAUUUGUAUGUAUUAAUAAGAAUAAUCGUAAUUUUUGACAAUUAUUGCAUAACUAAAACAUGAUUUGCCUCAUGUUGCUUAAAAUCUUAAUCAAAUCCAUGGAAAGCAACCCCUAAAUCGAAUACAAAUGAUAAUACUUGUAAUAAUUGGACUUGCUUAUUGUAGGAAUGGUUAGAGGUUUUUUAAUGGAAAAUGUAAAAAAUGUAAUUAAGAUUUCUCUUUUGAUGUUGGUGUUAAAAAAAAAAAAGACAUUUCCAAACCCUUGUGUGUGAAAUUCAUCAAUUAUUGCAGCUUGCUACCAUACAAAAUAAUUACAUACUAAACCAAUGAAUUACAGUUCAUUGAAAAAAAACUCCCAAAAAACAA